AUGUCAUCAAAAACACCCGAUAUUAUUAUUCUUAAUAAUAAACCAUCUUCCAGCAUGAUUGAAGAAUUUUCUAAAUUGAUGAUCACGUUACCAAUUCAUCGACAAAAAAUUCAACUUGAAUUCGAUUCUCAUUGUAAUGAGGAUGCCGACAUUAUACAAAAUUGUUUGGCUUUACAUAUUGAUUUGUCAUUAGUUGAAUUCGUACUUCAAGAAUGUCCACAAUCCGUAUAUUGGUUAAAAGAUCAUUUUUUACCAUCAAAUCAUAUUCUGUUUACAACGGAAGUGAAUCCAUCAAAUAGUCAGAUUGAUGAAAUGCUUAAUAUAAUACAUGAAUCAAGUCAAUGGCCUAACAUAAUAUUUAAAGAUAAUAAACAAAUUAGAUCGAUGCUUCACGUUAAAAAAUCUGUAACUAGUACAGCAUAUGGUUUGUAUAUAGUUGGAGAAGAUCAAGUUAAUCACAUCUAUAUGAACUCACAACUCAUUCGUCAAGCUACAAAAGCGCCAACACAUUUACAAGCUAGUUAUUCAAUAAUGAUUGGCAUUAAAUAUUUACAUGAAUUCGCUCAUUUUAUAUAUGCAAAAUAUGGGCGCUUGUAUUUACGUAACACUUUUGGAAUUCCAUUACAAGAAAGUGCCAGCACUCCAAUUGGUAUUUUACGUGGUGAAAGCGGUAAUCGUUUUGAAGAUCAAAUGUUAGGAUUUGUACUUUCACAUGCUGGUCACCUAAAUAUACCUAUGGAUUUAAAUCAUGUGAAAAUUCUAUCAGAUUUGAGAUUGCCAGUUACAUUACAAUGA